UUCGAUUAGGUCAUUCUUUCGUGUAAGUGUUGUGCGUGGUUGUUUUGUUUACGUUAUUUUACUCAUUCGUAUUCGUUUGCACAUGUUUCCUUUUCAAUUACCUAUUUACCCCGUCGUUUUUUCGAACUGUAUGUUAAAUUUUAAGUUAAAAAACAGUAUUCAAAUAAAAAAAUAAGAAACAAAAAAAAACAUUAGUAUUCAGAAUAACGUUAUGGUUCGAUUGUCUAGUGAAUUUUCGUUUGAUUGUGUUUUUUAAACAAGUGAUUAAAAGUAUAGUGAACUGUAUUUACUUUGCGAUACUCGAAAAAGGAAAAUACGGACCAUUUUCAGGCUGAUCGUGCGGGGUGAGAACGAUGAUCCUGUGCGCCGCGCUAUUGGUGGAUGCCGUGACGUCAUGACGUAGCGCGGCUGCGAUUGGUCGAGCGCCGCGUGCCGCGCGCUGAUUGGUGAAUGAUGUCAGGACUACAGACGCGGGGGGAUGACCCGAUAAAUGGUGUCGAUGUACGGGAGCAAGGAAGCGCUUUGAGGGUGGCGACGAAUACCCCCCACUUGGUGAGCCUGGGCACGGGCAGGCUGAGCACGGCUGUGACGUUGCAUCCCAUCAAACAAGGCCGAGUGACCAUCGGUUCCGACCCUACCUGCGAUAUAUACGUCGUAGGCACCGGUGUGGCCAGCGUGCACUGUAGAGUGGAGAACUCCCAUGGUGUGGUCACGUUGUACCCAGUCAGUGGGAGCACGCUGCUCGAUGGGUUGCCAGUUGACAAGCCGACUCGCCUGUCGCAGGGUAGCAUGCUAACAAUAGGCAGAUCGAACUAUCUCCGUUUCAACCACCCAGAGGAAGCGAAACUCAUGAAGUCGGUACUGCCGUCCGGCCACGUGUCCAUGGCUCCCAUACAGUUCACACCGAAUGAGCAGUGCUUGCCGGGCUACGUAAACCACGCAGACCCGAACCAAUGUUACCAAAACAGCAUUAGUAAGAUAUACAAGGACAAUUCCCUCUCCCAAUUAGACCAAGAACUAGACGUGACUCUCAAGGAAAUGUCCAGAAAACCACCCGUUCCUAGGAAACCGUAUAAAGAUCUAGAUACAGCUGAGUCUAAUUCCGAUCAGGAAUCUAGACCGAAGAUAGGCAGUAUUAUGGCGAAGGUGUCCAAAUUUGAGUAUUAUGCUAAGCAACAGAAAAUCGGCAGAAGUCAAUUCUACACGAGCAACGAAAACGAGAUAUCUCCAAAGGUUUUUAGUUCCAAUUCUUUAACAGUCAACACUCCAGCCAGAGACGUCCUAGGCGGUAGAAAUAUACCAAACUACAUGAACAAACUAAAAGACCAAAAGAUUAUAGUACUGAACGAAAACAACAGUCUAGACCCGAAAAAUUGCUCCUACGCGAACGUGGCGGUACGAAAAACUAAAAUAGACGACAUAGUCAGAAACUUCGAUGACACCAGAACGGAAAAACUGAAAAAAGUCAACAACGAUCAACAAAGUCGACCAGAUAAUCAUAUCUAUGGCAAAAUUAAUAUAGAUCGACGCGACAAAAAUGAUUCGUUCAAAAAUAACUACAAAAACGAAGAUCCGUAUCAAAAAUACAAGAAUAACGAUGCGUACAGGAAUCAAGAUUAUAAAAACCAGGAACCGCCGAAUAGUUUGCAAAACUCGUAUCAGCAAGACUCAUGUCAGAAAUUACAAGACUCAUACCACAACCAACAGGACUCAUGUCAAAGAUUACAGGACUCGUAUCACAGCGUACAGGACUCAUGUCAAAGGAUGCAAGACUCAUGUCACAGCAUGCAAGACUCGUAUCACAGUGUACAAGAAUCAUGUCAAAGAUUACAGGACUCGUAUCAAAGUCAGCAAGACUCAUGUCAAAGAUUACAAGACCCGUACCAAAACCAGCAAGAUUCAAGUCAAAGAAUGCAAGAUUCGUACCAAAAUGUACAGGAAUCAUGUCAAAGAUUACAGGACUCGUAUCAAACUCAGCAGGAUUUAUGUCAAAGAAUGCAAGACUCAUGUCACAGUAUGCAAAGUUCAUGUCAAAAUGCGCAAGAUUCGUACAGAAGUCUAGAUGUUUCUAGCGAUAUGGAAUAUUCUAGAAACGAAUACGCGAGAAUCGACGUGAAGAAUAUUCUGCCUUCGUCUACGUUUGAUAGGAACCCGCAGUAUUCGCCUGUUUAUACUAAUUAUGGAUACGAUAGGAGUUUUGAUGCGGAGAAUAGACGGAAGCAGGCAUACCAAGACAGACUGAAGGAAGAGGAACAGAAGGAAGCAGAGUCGGCUCGCUUGGAGGAAAUACUUAACAUGUGUGCGGAGUAUGAGAGACAGAUCUCGUCAGGUAUACCAAUCACACCAACAGAAAAGAGGUCGCAUAACAAAAUCAUAACGAACGGUUCCCUCCCGAGGAGCGUGGUGGUGAACAAUCCUAAUUUUGUUCAAACAAGUGAUGGAUAUUAUAAGUUUGAUACUAGUCAAAAUAAACAUAAUGUUAUGAGCCAAUCGUUACCAAUACAAAGAAAUCUCUCGAGCUACGAAAACUUUGAUACGUCGCAAAAUGCAAUGAUAAAUCCGUCCACACCAGAAAUAACUAUUUCAGACAAUAACUACGAAAAUGUCGGAAGAAUGGACGAAAUAGGCAUCCCUGUAUUCGACGAUGUUCAAAGAAACGAUCUCUCUAGUCCAAUAAUGAUAAGAAAACUUCAAAACGGCCCUAAACUUAACUCGCCCAUAGGUAGUCCAUACGAAAAUGUCUAUUUCAAAAAUAACCUAGGUUUCAAACCGAAAUCUCCAAACACACAGAGUCCAAGGACUCGAAUAAAAACGACAUUCGCUCAUAAAAACAUUCCGUCGCCUCAGUAUUUUAUUUUUCCUACGCCUCCGCCUAAAAGUACUAAUCCAUUUGAACAACAAAAUGAAAUAAAUCAAAGUCAAACCAAUGAAGGUAAUGAUAAAACUUGCACUGGUAUUGAAAAACAAUUAAGUCUCGAAGAAGAGAUACCAAUGAUUGAUGAUUCAGAUGUCACCAACGAUAUUGAAUUUAGAUACUCAACAAUAAUAAAAGACGAUACUGAAGAAACCAAUUUGACUAAACACAAAAGCUUUGAUGACGUUAAAAAUGAACUAAUGGCCGAUAUUCCUGAAUUGGAGAAAUUCGAAGAAGACUUAAAACAUAAUAGAGAAAAUGUUAUUAAAAAUAUACGAGAUGAAUUCAAAAAGAUCGAUUUGGAAGCAGAUUCAAUAGAUAGUGUAUUAGAAGAUAAUGUAGAUGAAUUGAAGUCUAAGUAUGAAACACUGAAAGAUGAACGGAAGAAACUAGUGGGAGAAAUACAUGAAAUUAAAUGUAAAAUGACGGAAAUUAGAUCGCAGGAAGACGAUAUAUUGCGAGAGUUGGAAAUGGAAAAAGCUCUCAUCAAAGGGGAAUAUGACUCAGAAAUAGCGAUUUUAAACAUAGAACAGAAGAAAAAAGCAGAGUUAACAGAUAAAGCAAAACAAAUCGAGGAAGAAAUCAAGCAAAUGAAAGAAAGGCAAGAAGCAAGACAGAAUGAGAUGAGAGAUCGCGUGGAAAUCGCUACUAUGAAAGUUGAAAGGAUAGAAAAAGACUUGAAAGACAACUCCGCGACCCUUGAAGAGUUGCAAAAUGCUCAAGACAUUUUAGACAAUGAAACGAAAAUAUACGAAGAUUUGGAGUUCCAGCAUUUGGAAGAAGAAUCUGAACUACUAUCAAACCGAGAAGACGUGCAAAACGAAAUAAUGCUUCUCAGCAAGAAAAUAGACGCUCAAAAAACAAGAAUACUCACACUCAAAUCAGAAGCGAAUAACAAUCUAACAUCAGCGCUCGAAGAAACUAAAGUACUACAAGCUGAAUACGUCAGACUAUUAAAUCAAGUAGAAGAAUUGACAAGCAAAGUUCAAAAUAUAGAAAAAGAUAUUAAACCCAUAGUUUCAAAGCUAAACUAUAUAGAAAGGACUCAAUCACCUGACAGUGCGUUCUACACAGAUCAAACUAGAGCAAAAUCAGGGGAAUUUGGAUAUUCACCAAGUUCAGAUAGCGACGACAAUGACGUAGCAAAACUAUCCAACUUCGAGGAUCACACGAAACAAUUGAAAGACAAAUUCAACUCUAUAGAUCAAAUGUCCCAAUCCAUGAUCGUGGAUAUCGAACGCCGUGUGACAUCUGACGCCAUUGAUCCAAUAGAUGUUGAUGGAAAAAACGAAAGUCCUUCUAAGUCUUCCACUUCGUCGAAAGAGAAGAAAGGAUUUUGGGAGCGCAACUUCGAUUCUCUCAAACGAAAGAAUAAAGAUAAGAAGAAACCGGAAAAAGUCGAUAUAAUGUCGCAGAGUUUGAACGAAAAUAUAUUCUAUAAUGAUAACAUUGAGGUCGAUACUUCGUUGGACAAGUUCAACAGUUUGCGGCAUUCGAAAAAGAAAGAUAAAAAAGAAAACGGUCCAGUCAAAAGUAGCUCAUCAUCAAAGAUACCGACGUUCGCAGCGCUGGGAAAGAUAAUUAAAAAAGAUUCGCUAAAACGGAAAGAUAGUGCAAAUAAGAAUAGUGAAGACAGCGAAAAUAUUAAGAGCCGUUAUGUAAAAAAUUCAAAAUCUAUCCCUUCAGAUAAUAAAUACGUGAAAGCGAAAUCUCUAUCGCCAGAUAAAAAAGAACAAUCCAUUAAAGAAGAGAACGAAGAAGAGUGUAAAAACGUGACGUUUGAGAAAAUAAAAACAGACAAAGAUAAAAAAGUCUUGCACAGAAAGAGUUGUGGGGACGAACCGAGUGUACGAAGUGAGUUUCAAAAAAUAACUGAUAAUGGAAAGAUUCCUUCACAAGAUGAUAUAGAUAGAAUAUCUAAAGUGACAAUGGACGCGCCGAUAUUAUCAAGUGACACGGAUAUGAAUUCGUUGGGCAAGAGAACGUUGGACAGUUUGAUGGAGAUUGAGAGGAAGAGGAUGGAAAUGCUGGAAGAACAAGGUUGUCAAGUUAUAGAAAACGAACGAGAGAAAAUCGAGGCGCUCAAACGCAGAGCGCAGGACGAAACAAAGAAACUAUGGCACGAGCGCAACAGCACCAAAACUCCCGAAAGUGACAGAUACCAGCUGUCAGACGGCCAGAGUGACAGCUGUCAACUGUCAAACAGCCAAGUUGACAGGUGUCAAGUGCCAAACAGCCAAAGUGACCGAUGUCAAGUGUCAAACAGCCAAAGUGACAGGUGUCAAAUGUCGAACAGCGUGUCGCGCGAGUUUGACAGAAGCGACAGUUGCUAUAGCAACGUGCUGGAGGACGUCUCGAAUGAUGACGCUUUCAACGUAACGGGCUCGACGAUGUUUGAAGAGAGUUCCGGAUUUUUGUCAUCGUCCAUUGAAGAGUUGCAAGUACGAAACUCACGAACCGAAUCGACCGAAGACGAGAAACACAGCGAUGACAGCAGACCGCUCAGCCAUGCGUCCGACUUCAGCAGGGAUAAUAUAUUGUCCCUCAGCAACGCGCCGCGUAGAAGCAGACGCGGUACGACUAGCGAAUGGCAGCGGCCGCUUACACGCUAUCUGCCAGUUGAUAGAGACGACUUCGAUCUGCGCACACACGUUGAGUCCGCCGGUCACCAAGUGGAGCUAUGCCCCUACGUGACGGUGAACUCGAGCUCGUGUCGCGGAUACUUGCACAAGCUCGGGGCAAAGUUUCACACGUGGUCCAAAAGGUGGUUCGUUUUCGAUCGCGAAACGAAAACGCUCGUCUACUAUUGGGACAAAACUGAGAAGAAGCCGCGUGGAGGCGCUUACUUUCAGGUCAUAGAAGAAGUAUACCUAGAUCACGGCAACACGUCAAAAUCGCCGAAUCCUCAAACUACGUUCAUUGUUAAAACUCGUCAAAGGCGAUAUUAUUUAAUGGCGCCAUCGGGUGAAGCUGCGAGAAUAUGGAUCGACGUUAUCUUCACAGGAGCCCAAGGUUAUACGGAAUAUCUCGAAUGAUUUGAGGAUGCGAGGUCUUUUGAGGAUGGAAAAUACUUUUGAGGAUGGAAAAACUUUUGAGGAUGAAAAACAUUUUGGGGAUGAAAAAAACAUUUUGAGGAUGGACGAUCUUUUGAGGAUGAGGAUGGAAUUGUAUUUGAGGAUUAUCGGUUCUUAAUGGAUAAUAAUCUUUAUUUGAAGUGGUUUUUCAUGUAAUUUUAGUUUUCAUGUAUACUGAGUAUAUAUAUUUAUUUCUCUAAUGAAAUGUUGCUUGAUAAGCUUUAUGAAUAAUAUUCGUGAUAUAAUAUACUACUAUAUUAUGCAUUAUAUAGAUUUACGUCGAGUUUUGAUAGUGUGAUAUAUAAAAAUAUAUACAAUUAUAUAUGUAUCGUGUUUACCUGAAAUGGUAAUACAUUUUAAUGAUAUUUGUAUUUGCAUGAUCCUACUUUUGUUAGGAGUAACACUAUUCUUAACUUGUAUGGAUAAAAUGUUUAAUAUGAACUAUAUUUUAAAUUUUAUAUGUGUAACAUUUCCUAACUUAAUAUAAUAAUUAUAUAUUAGACCAAAUGUUUAAAAAUAUUAGCUUAUUGUAGCUUGGUUUGUGAUUACCGCGCGGUAAAAUAACAGUAUUUUUGUAUUUAUUCAAUUAUAUUAUGGAAUUGAGGUUACAAUUAUGGACAAUAAAUGUGCCAAUUCUUAUUAUACUAGAUAAAUAUUACGGCAGCUAUUUUUAAUCUUUAAUCGGUGUAUGUGCCUUUUUUAAGACUGAAGUUUUCAAAUUUUAUUAUAACCAUAUUAUAUAAAAAUUCAUAUACAUAGUCAAUUAAUGUACAAUUAUUAUAUAUUUACCAUUUAUGUAAUCGCAUGAAAAUUAUAUGCACGCUUAGUAAUGUUACCAUGUUAAGGAAUAAAAUUUUUAAUCUGGCAACUUUACAUUGCCGUUGAGAAUCGAAUAUAUAUUUUAACAGAUAUUAAUCGCUUCCUGUUAAUAUGAAUUUAGCUUGAACAUUUUAGUUGUAAUAAAAUUCUCAUAAUAUAUUGAAAUGUCAAAUUAUUUACCAUACCUCGGGAGCUAGAAUUAUUUGCAUUUUUAAUUAUAAGUACAAACUAUUGUCAUUGCGAAAGAUACCAGUGUAAAAAAAUAAUUUUAAGAGCUUGCAACAUUGUACUUUAAGUUAUGGCUGAUACCAAUUACUAUUUUAGUUGUAAGGUCACACUGUCUUAACAAAUGUAUUAAUAAAGCAUUUUCAAACAUU